CGUGGAUGAGCCUGAGGGAAGAGCACAUUAGUUUUUUCAGGCAAGCAGAAGCCUGCAGUGAGAGGCGGCGUGAGGCAGCUUGCAACGUUCAUGCACUCACAACGAGUCCCUCCAGAGAGACACUCCACAGACAGAAAGAAGGACCUAUCCACUGCUGAAAAAUGUUCCGCAAGAAGAAGAAGAAGCGACCUGAGAUCUCGGCGCCAGUGAACUUCGAGCACCGCGUCCACACCUCCUUCGACCCCAAGCAGGGGAGGUUUGUUGGCCUCCCGCCCCAGUGGCAGAGCCUCAUCGAGACGCUCAAGAGGCCCAAGCCCAUGGUGGAUCCCUCCAGAAUUACAGACUUGGAGCUCAGACCUAAGAAGACCAUUGUGCGGGGAAGCAUCGUAGGACUAGAUGACUACAUCUCAGCGAUUAUAUCAGACUUGAACAAGAUUUCAGUGACCAGUUCCAAUUCUUUACGUAAGACAAGUCCCUCAGCAAGGAAGAGGGCCCAGUCUUUGGGCCGACUGGGGGAGGUCAAGGAGGAAGAUCGAUACGAGUACCAAGAUCCAAGCAUGAUGGGAAAAUAUGACUGGCAAUUCAGCUGGAAGGACCGAUCUCGAGAAUUAAAGAGUGAAAGCGGGAGUCCACAUCUUUUUCCAAAACAAAAUGCUUAUCGAUCACCCAAUGGGUUGCUGACUAGGGCCAAGUCAACUUUUGAGGUGUACAAGUCUUCUUUAGAGGACCAUAGACAACCAAGCAGUCUCUAUCGAGGUUUGUCCAAACAUAAUGAGAUUGUGGGCUCCACAGAAAGACUAAACUCCAGACAACCUUCUGUGGUGAAGAGGGAGAAGCCUGCAAGAAGCAGUUUCCCAGAAAAGAGACCCGUUUCCUGCUUUGUCAAUCCGGCUAGUCCCUGGCUUGGCGGAAAACACCAGGCCAGUUCAAGCCCAAGUACCCCAGAGCUGACUCCAAAGGAAAGGCUCUUGAGUAGGACACUGAACAGCCCUGGAAGACCACUGUCUUCAUAUGACAUGAAGACAGAUGUCAAUUUCCGACAACAUCUAGAUUUUCACCCAAAUGGCACCAGUAGUCCUCUUAUUUCUCUGACAAGGACUCAUAGGCCAGCUAGACCUGUUUCCAGCUAUACCAUCAGACAUUCUCCAACUAUGGUCCCUAAUCAUGUGGCGACAAAUAUCUCUCAGAAAUCAGCUGGCAGCUCCAAGCCUGCAACCCAGCGGCAGGAUAGUCCUUCUCAGGUCCGACCUUCUCCAACAGGGUCCCCUAAUAUCAGUCCACCACAGACUAGCUCGCCAUUUCUCAGGGCCACACAGAAUGGCUCGCCUAGCCCCAAAUCACCUCCUCAAGAUGCCCCCAAAGUGACCCAUGAGCAGUUUAAGGCUGCUCUGAAGAUGGUGGUAGACAAGGGGGACCCUAGAACAUACCUGGAGAACUUUGUCAAGAUUGGGGAAGGUUCUACUGGGAUUGUGUGCAUCGCUAGGGAAAGACACACCGGACGUCAAGUGGCUGUGAAAAUGAUGGACCUCCGGAAACAGCAAAGAAGAGAGCUGCUGUUUAAUGAGGUUGUUAUAAUGAGAGACUACCAGCAUAGAAAUGUAGUGGAGAUGUACAAAAGCUACUUGGUGGAAGAAGAACUGUGGGUCAUAAUGGAAUACCUGCAGGGUGGAGCUUUAACCAACAUUGUAGCUGAAACCAGGCUGAAUGAGGAGCAGAUUGCCACAGUGUGUGAGGCAGUGCUGCAGGCCAUGUCCUACCUCCAUUCCCAGGGAGUGAUCCACCGAGACAUCAAGAGUGACUCCAUCCUCCUUUCCCUCGAUGGACAGAUCAAACUAUCAGACUUUGGGUUUUGUGCACAAAUCAGUAAAGAUGUGCCAAAGAGGAAGUCCCUGGUAGGAACCCCAUAUUGGAUGGCCCCGGAAGUCAUCUCCAAAACACCGUACGGGACAGGGGUGGAUGUCUGGUCUCUGGGGAUCAUGGUGGUGGAGAUGGUGGAUGGAGAGCCUCCCUAUUUCAGCGAUGAUCCAGUGCAGGCCAUGAAGCGCCUUCGAGACCAGCCCCCUCCCUCGGUGAAGAACACACACAUGGCCUCGCCGGUUCUUAAGGAUUUCCUGGGUCGGAUGCUAACCAGCGAUCCAUUGCAGAGAGCGACUGCCAUGGACCUUCUGGAACAUCCAUUCCUGCUCCAGACAGGAACCUCACGCUGCCUCAUCCCCCUUAUCGAGAAGUACCGUAAACGCAUGUCAACCUGCUGAUAAAAGAAAGAAGCUCCACUCGCCAGCAGUCACUACAGGGGCAGGUUUGCUGCCAACAGUAGUUACAGGGGCAAGUUUGAAGCCCUCUCUGAUAUUGCCAGACACCCCAAAGUCUUAGAGAGAGAGAGAGAGAGAGAGAGAGAGAGAGAGAGAGAGAGAGAGAGAGAGAGCGAAAGAGUGAGAGCAAACGUGAAGCUGGGAAAUGGCCAUUGCAGGAACAAGUGCUCCCUGCCUGUGAAAAAAAACACUGCUGCCUUCUGGGGCAUUGACAUUCAUAUAUCAGUAUCUAGAUUCUGUUUAUCCCCACUUAGAGCAUUUCAAAGCACUUUACUGGGGUAUUACAGUUCUGGACAAAGUGCUGCUGUUGCAGUUAGGCAGAAUUGAAUGCUGGUUGUGUUUUUAGGGAUAUGCACCACUAAGCUCAAUUAAAUUCUCAAUUCAAACAGUUUUGAGAGGUCAAGACAGCCAGGUCCUGCAAAAGGAUGCUUUCUCAAGAUCCGCAGGCUUCCUACCAACAUGUAUUAAGUCAGUAUUGAAGGGCAGUGAAGGUUCUUCAGCUACUAAGCUUAAUUAUUGAGUAUCCCCCCUACUUUGUCCUACAUGUACCUACAGUACAGUCAUGCAUGGACUUAGAAACCAGUGUCAAACUGAAUGGACUGAAAAAUGUUGCGCUGAUGAAAUUAUACAAUGUCAUAAGAGGGAUGCUGUAGAAGGCUGGAACUCUACUGAAAAUGUAUAUCUUUACGACACUUACCAAAUAAUUUUACUAGGCAUUUCAAAGGUUCUGCACUAAGGGGCAAUGGUAACACAAAGGCAGCUACAAUUAUAUGAGCCAUUGGUUGAAUGUUACCAAAGUGUCCAGAGUUUCAUAUAUUUACAUCACAAUGAUACUUUAUACAUAAUAAUAAUCUUUAUUUUUAUAUAAUGCUUUUCAUAGUGGACCACCAUCACAAAGCAUUUUAC